AUGGAGGCAUCAGCCUCGCAGGUGCAGGCAUGGCUCGACCUCGGCUUGCCUCAGAGUCCGGAAGAGCCCAGUGACUCGCCGCAGGCUGCAAGGUGCAAACGCUGGUGGGCUCGACAGCUGCAGAGUUUCAACGCGUGGCAGCAGUCGACAGACGUGGAUGCGACGACACUCAUCCACAUCAGCGACGACGAGACGGAGCCUGCCUCUUCGCCUCCACCUACGGCAACCUCUGCAGCUUCAGGUUCAGCUUCAGCGCACUCCCCUUUCCCUUCCAGCAGUCCGACUCCGUCUGGUGCGUCCUGGUCUCCACACUGUCUUCGCACUGCGGCUGAGCGGUGUGCUGCGGCUGAGGCCGUGUCCGUGGAGGAGCCCUUAGAGGAUGUCCUCCCUGCCGACCCAGUCCGUGAGCGGACUCCACCUCCACCUCGCCGGUUCAAGUGGGGGAGCUGCCCGAAGCGUGCUGGGAGGGCAGUUCUGCAGUGCAACGCUUGGUGGCGCUACGACGAGGCUGGACGGAGACGUUGCUGGGGGUCGCUUGAGUUCCCGUGGCAGCGUUACGGUGAAGCACCGGACUUUUAA